UAGAAGUCGUCGACGUCGAAAUGAAACCUGGUGACGCCAUAUACUUCAGCGGAAACCUCCUCCAUUGCUCUCUUCCCAACGUUUCCAACAAGCCUCGCUGGUCCUACGUCAUCGCUUACAACCAGCGUCACAACCAGACGUACAUGAAACCUGGUCAUCCCCUGUACACGCCGCACCCGGGUUACAUCCCGCUCCUGAAGGUCCCCGACUCGACCAUCCUGACCUGCGAGGAGAACUUCGACAUGGACAAGAAGUGGGUUCCUGAAGGGGAGGAGGACCUCACAGGGACAGCGACGCCGUCAGAGCGUCGAGAAGGAACAGUAGUUUUUGUUUGUUUUGUUUUGUUUGUCUUUUAAGGAAAUGGAUGAGAGAAGGUAGAACGUGGUGGAUGUUUAGGUGGAUGGUCAAAGAGUAGUAAGUGAGAGGGAGGGGAGGAAGGGAGAGAGAGAGAGA